UGCUGCCGCCCCCGGUCCGGUGGCCCGACCUGCGCCGCCCGUGGCUCUCUUGUGUCUCUCGCCGUCUUCAGCCUCAGUCUUUCUCUGUCUCUCUCUCUCUGUUUCUCUCCCUGUCCCCCUCGGCCGCUCCUCCGAGAUGACGCCGGGGUCGGUGCCCCGGGCCUGCCCUCUCCCCUGGCUCCAGGGCUAGGCGGGACUGAGGCCUGCCCCAGACAGACGGACCCGCGGACCCACAGACCCCGCGCCCAGGAGAGGAGCCGCGCCGCCUGCCGCUGGCAGCCCGUCACCAUGGACCCUCCACCCCUCGACACAGCUGUCCAGCAUGCCCUGGCAGGCCUCUAUCCUCCUUUCGAGGCCACAGCACCCACCGUCCUGGGUCAGGUGUUCCGUCUCCUGGACUCUGACUUCCAGGGGGAUGGACUGAGCUUCCUUCUGGAUUUCCUGAUCCCUGCCAAGCGCCUGUGUGAGCAAGUGCGAGAAGCAGCCUGCGCUCCCUACUCCCACUGCCUCUUCCUACAUGAGGGCUGGCCACUCUGUCUGAGGGAUGAAGUUGUGGUCCACUUGGCUCCCCUCAACCCUCUCUUAUUGCGCCAGGGUGACUUCUACCUCCAAGUGGAGCCCCAGGAGGAGCAGUCCGUCUGCAUCAUGAUCAAAUGCCUCUCCCUGGACCUCUGCACAGUGGAGAAGAAGCCUGUUCCUGAGCCAGCCUAUCCUAUACUUUUCACCCAAGAAUGGCUGGAGUCCAUCAACAGCGACUUUGAGGGAAGUCCCCUACACAACUGCUUGGUAGCAUCAGAAAAUGGGAUUGCCUCUGUGCCUUGGACCAAGAUAACCAGCCCAGAGUUUGUGGAUGACCACCCCCAAGUAGUGAAUGCCCUCUGCCCAGCCUGGGGGCCCCUUCCAUUAGAGGCACUGGAUUUGAGCAGCCCUCAAGAGUUGCACCAGGCCAGCUCUCCGGACAACCGGGUGCUUUUCACCCAGAGUUUGGCCAAGGGUAAGGGCAGGACAUAUGGGAGCAAGUAUCCAGGACUUAUCAAGGUGGAGCAAGCCCGGCGUGGGGAGAUGGCCUUCAGGAUGGGUGAGGUGGUCAGCCAGGACUUUGAGGGAGACUAUGUGGCUCUCCUAGGCUUUCCCCAAGAGAGCAGAGGAGAGUCUCCCAGUAGGGAGGUGGGCACAUCCAGUGGGUGUACUUCUGGGGCACUAGAGGAGAUAUCUGGAACUAAGGAAACUCCCUUAUCUCAAAAGAUACUGCCUCUCUCAGAGGCCAACGAAGGACCUUCCUUGGGAAAUCGGGCUUUCACGAAGCCAGAAAGCUCCGAGGAGGAGCCCUGCAAUUUGGGCUUGAGAAGAAAGGUCAAUCAUAAAGAACCCACCCACGACUCAGAAAGGCCGCCCCAAGGCUCCUACAUGAAUGUCCUUGAGGACCCACUGGACUGUGCCUCUGGCCUCAGGGCAGGUGUUUCACAAGAGCCAGCUGCCUCCAAGGUGCAGGGACCUCUAGGAAACCCAGAGAAUAUGGUGCAGCUCAGGCCUGGACCAAGACAAGCUUCCUCUCCCUGCCUGUUCCCAGCUUCUCCUGCAGCUCCAGCCUCUGAAAUAAAGAUGGAGGUGAAGACCAAACAGAGAAAUGGGAGACUUCCCAAGCCCAUGCCCUGCCCUAGCAGAAACACCUCCUCCCCUGAGUCCCCCACUCCUGGGCUCAAGUUCUCAUUCUUGAAAGGGCAGAGGCAACCCUCUGUGACUCCAGAGAAAGCCUCACUCCAGCACGAUGGGCCCUGGAAAGUCCUGUGUUCCCUCUACUCUCCUAAACCCAACCGAGCCAAAUCUUUGGGGAAAGCUGGAUCACCUCAGACCAAAACAUCUGGCCCAGCCACUGCCUCCAGCCCACUGCCUGAGGAAAAGGCUGCCUUCCCAGAAGCUUCUGCAGGCUCCCCAGAAAAAGGCCCCACCCUGGAGGAGAAGCCCCCAGGGCCUGAGCCCAGGAUUGGGGCUCUAGGUGUCAGGGUUUUCCGCUCCAGGAUAGCAUGCCUGCCAGGCCGCUGCCCUGCUUCUGGUGGGUCAACUACAGAGGGUGCCUGGGAGGCGCCUGCAGCAGCUUCAGAGGUCACCAAGCUACCCUCCUACCUGUGCACCAUCCUCAGGCCUGAAGAUAAAGCCAAGGGGCUGGUGGUCCUGAUCGAUGCCAGGAAACAGCCCCCCCAGCCUGGUCUGGUCAGUGCCCUGCAGGCCACCCAGGCUCAGGUCCCAGCCUCCAUCCGAGCUAUUCUCUUCCUGGGGGAGAAGGAGUCGGCUCUCCAGCUGCAGACAUUACCUGACAUCCAGGUGGAGGUGCUGACCUCACUGAAGGCCCUCAGCCACCAUGUGGACCCCAGCCAGCUGCCUGCAGCCCUGGAAGGCCGCUUCCCCUACUGCCACACCGAGUGGGUGCAAUUCUUCCAGAAGCUGGACCCUUUCCUUGCUGACCUCCAGCAGGCCUCUUCCCUGCUACGAGCUUCCAUCGAGGAAUUCGAGAAGGCCGACCCCCCUGGCGGGAUGCAGGAGGCCACCAGUUGCCUGAGCAAGUCCAAGGAGCUGAUGGAGGCUGUGCUGAGGGACCCGGGCCUACUGGGCCUCCAGCGGGAAGGUGGAGCCACCCUGGCCAGGCUGCAGCGUGAUGCCAGCAGGCUGGACUUCAGCCCUGAUGUCAGGAGCCAUCUGGCUGCAGCCACUGCCUUGUACAGCCUUGUGGACGAGCAGCUUCAUGUUCUGGUCACCGCAUCCAACAGCCUCCUGGGGAAGCUGGAGCUCCGUGUCCGCCUGGGCCGCCUGGAAGCUGCCAUUCACCAGGUCAGCGACUGGAUGGAGCAGGAAGGAAGUCGGUGGCUGCAAACGCUGACUCCCAAGGACGGAAGUUUGGAGACAGUGGAGAAAGCCCACGCAGAGUUUGAGAACUUCUUCCUCCAGGCUGCAGCCCAGUACCGCCGAGGCCUGGAGCUGUCCAAGCAGGCCGCUCAGCUGGGAGCUGCAGCCGGAGGGGCUGGGGAGGCAGAAGGAGCAGAGUUCCCAGAGCUGGCAGCCUUUGCCUCUACCCAGCGGGCCUUCCAGGCUAAGCUGACCCACUUUUACAUGGCGGCCGAGCGGCAACGCACGGACCUCGAGACCCUGCUCCACCUGCACCGCUUCUGCAAGAGGAUGACCUGGUUCCACAUGGACUGUCAGGACCUGAUGGCCCAGCUCAGGCUGGACAAGGCCUCAAGGGUCAGUCCUGGGGACCGGCGCCGCCUCCACCGCUACCUGCAGCGACUGGCAUCUGAGUUCCCUGCUGAGAAGCUCGCAGCCGUGGGGCUGCAGGUGGCCUCCCUGAGCCGGGCGGGCCUGGGCCAGGAGCUCUGGGAGGAGGCCCGGAUCAGGCAUGAGGAGAUCCGGAUGCUCCUGGAGAAGGCACUGACCUACUGCUCUUGCCCAGAGACUCCCACUGCUCACUCAGUGCGACCAGAACGAAGAGGGGCGGCGGCCAAGGGCCAGGGUCUGAGUGUAGAGGUCGCUUCUAAGGGGAGGUGGGACCAGCCCCCACUAGACUCACUGGGCAGGGACCGUUUGCCAAAGUCCUGUUGGCCUCCUGGGGCCCCCAGAGGGGAACAGAACAGAACUUUCCAGGCAGACUUUCCACCCCAGGAAGCUGGCCGGGCUGCAGAGGCUGAAGAUGGCAAAGGCGCCCACGAGCUCCCUGACUCUGCUCACGAGCAUUCGCUGGCCACCACCUUCUUCUGGCAGCAGCCCCCAAGGCAGAGCCAGGUCCCUCGCCCCACUGGGGGCAGCUUCUCCUCAGAGGGGACAGACUCGCAGACAUCCCUUGAGGACUCACCCCAGACGAGUCCCCUUGCCUCCCUCUAGCUGACAGCCCCCUUCAGUGGCACCAGCCUCCGGGAGCACUGGGACAGGGCCCAGCUGGAGGGGUAGCUGGGAGCUCUGGUCAGUCCCAGUGAGACGUCGCCAUGGAGCACUGGUUCUACAUUCUGCCUCUGCUGGGAUGGUGAGAACUGUCGACCCGCCUCUGGCUCCAGAAAACUUCUGGAAGACCCGCUCCUCACCCAUGCAGAGUAGCGAGAGUGGGCGUCAGAACCAGGGCGCAAAAAAGCGUGUGAUAGGCUCCAUCCCUCCAGGCUCUCACUGUGGAAAGAACUGUUGGCACAGACCCCUCCAGAGGUCUCCCUCGCAGGCAGGCAGACACCCACCUGUAGCUCAGGAACAUACACAGCUCUCCUCUCGGCCACGAAGUCCAGCGUUGCCCUCAUACAGAAUCUUUGGGGAGAUUCGGGAGUGGUUCCUUGUCUUGGAUUCCAGGAAAAUGUACCCUGAGAUGAGGAUUUAAGGAUCAGUGUGUUUGGUGCUGAUCCAGGAACCUCAGCUGGGGGAGUAGGAGUUGAGUCUGCAAAGGGAAUAAAGAGGACGUUGUCAAGCAAA